AUGGGCGCAUGCGGCUCAAAGGCGCAGCAGCAGACUCGAAGUCCGGAGCCCAAAGAGCAGCCGGCUGCUGAAGCCAACAAAUCCACCGAUCAGAGCGGCGCUGCAGUUUAUCCCGCUGAAGCUGCACAAGUGGAGAGGAAAACGUCUUGUUCUAGCGCCGCAGCCGCUAACAAGGGUGAAAUGCCGACUGCGAGCACGGGCACACCCGAGGCGCAGCAGCAGCUUGAUCAACAGCAGCGAGAGCAGAGGAUGCAGCAAGAGUCGAAAGUCGCUUCUCAGCCACCGCAUCAUGUCGAGGGAGCGGCGUGUGCGGCUUUCGUGUUGCUGUUUCUUCCGCUGCUGCCUUUUUGCCAAUGGGCUGCCUUCGGGGGAAGGGGCGAGAGGAAGGCGCAGAAGGCGAUUAUGCACAAGGAUGACUCGCAAGCCGAAGACGCGAGGCUCCUUGGGCACUUGGAAAAAAGGGAGAAGACUCCUUCGGAUCUCGUUCUGAUUCGGAGUUCUUUGGGAAGCAACUUGGUGUGCUCUUCCUUGAACGAGGCGGAGGUGGACGCCCUCGCGAAUGCAGUCGAAUACUUCGCCUUUAAGGCCGGAGAUGUGGUUACGCAACAGGGGGAAAGCGGAAGUUAUUUCUUCAUUGUGCAUAGCGGGGAAUUUGAGGUGCUGGUCAACGACAAAGUCGUCAACAAAGUCAUGACGGGGCAGGCUUUUGGAGAGAUCGCUCUAAUUCACAACACUGCCAGAACAGCAACCAUCAGAACGCACACCCCGGAAGCCGCCCUUUGGGGGGUUCAACGACAGGUUUUCAGGGAGGCGCUGAAGCAGCUCAGCAGCAGGAACUUUGCUGAAAAUCGCCAGUUCCUUGCGUCGGUCAAGUUUUUCGAAAUGCUGACGGAAGCGCAAAAGAAUGUGAUUACCAACGCGCUCGUGGUGCAGUCCUUCCAGGGGGGCCAGCCGAUCGUCCAGGAAGGGGAGAAAGGCGACGUGCUGUACAUUUUGAAGAGUGGCAAAGCCCUCGUCUCGAUCAAGGGCAAAGAAAUCCGAGUUUUGCAACGUGGAGACUACUUUGGAGAGAGGGCUUUGCUUUACGACGAGCCUCGCAGCGCUACCAUCACCGCUCAGGAACCAACUGUCUGCGUAUCCAUCGGAAGAGAUCUGUUGGAUCGUGUGCUGGGCAACUUGCAACACGUGCUCUUCAGGAAUAUCAUGCUUGAAGCGCUGCAGCAGAGCAAGGUGUUUGCAUCCUUUCCAGCUGACCAGUUGGGGAAUCUUAUCGAGUCUGUGGUGGUUAAAGACUACCCCGAGAAUUACACGAUAUUGGAUCGGGAGAAUCGCACAAAAGCAUCCGCUUCAGCCUUCUUCUCAGCUCAGGGGGUCCGCUUCUUCUUCGUUUUGGAAGGCGAAGUAUCUGUUUUCAGCUACGCAGAGAAGGCGGGUGGAGCUCGCAGCGGGGAGCAGGAUCUAGAAGCCCACUUAAUCGAAACCCUCAAAAGGGGGCAGGCUUUUGGGGACGAAUAUGUCUUGGCUCCUAACAAGGCCUUUGAGCACUGCGUCAAGAGCAACGGACCGACCAAGCUGGCGCUCUUGACCGCUAGCGCGCUCACUGCCACCCUUGGAGGCCAUAACAUUGACGAAACUCUUGACUACAACAACAAACUGGCCAUCACCAAGAAGAUGUACAUCUUCAGAUACCUCUCCGAGCAGCAGACGCAAACUCUCAUUAGAGCAUUCAAAACUGUCAGAUACACCCACGGCGAAGCCAUCAUUCGGGAAGGCGAAAUCGGUUCUCGUUUCUUCAUCAUUAAGCUCGGGGAAGUUGCGAUCAUCAAGGGAGACAAGCGCGUCCGAACUCUAGGGCGUCACGAUUAUUUCGGGGAAAGGGCUCUUCUGCAUGAUGAGAGGAGAAGCGCAACUGUGGCUGCAAACAGUGCAGAAGUUGAUCUCUGGGUUGUUGAUAAAGAUGUUUUUCUCCAGAUCGUCCGAGGCCCGAUGCUUACCCACUUGGAGGAGCGCAUCCGCAUGCAAGACACAAAAGUGGAGUUCAAAGAUUUGCAGGUCGUGCGGGUUGUAGGCCGAGGGACGUUCGGAACCGUGAAAUUGGUGCAGCACAUCCCAACAAAAAUCCGUUAUGCUCUCAAAUGCGUCUCAAGGCGCAGUGUGGUGGCACUCAGCCAGCAGGAUCACAUUCGCCUUGAGAGGGAGAUCAUGGCAGAGAACGACCAUCCAUUCAUCAUCAGGCUUGUCCGAACAUUCAGGGACAAGGAGUUUUUGUAUUUCCUCACGGAGCUGGUAACGGGGGGAGAACUGUACGAUGCCAUUCGGAAGCUGGGGUUGCUGGGGCGAUACCAGGCGCAGUUCUACUUGGCCUCUAUUGUAUUGGCCAUAGAGUACCUGCACGAGAGGAAUAUCGCUUAUCGAGAUCUGAAGCCCGAAAAUAUUCUUCUGGACUCGCAAGGUUAUGUGAAGCUCAUCGAUUUUGGAUGUGCUAAGAAGAUGCAGGGAAGAGCAUACACACUCGUCGGCACACCCCACUAUAUGGCGCCCGAGGUUAUUCUGGGCAAGGGAUACACGCUGACGGCAGACACGUGGGCUUUUGGGGUAUGCCUCUACGAGUUCAUGUGUGGUCCCCUGCCCUUCGGCAACGAUGCAGAAGAUCAGCUGGAGAUCUUCCGAGACAUCCUUGCCGGCAAACUGAUGUUUCCUCACUACGUGACAGACCAGGACGCGAUUAAUCUGAUGAAGCGCCUGCUUUGCCGUCUACCCGAAGUUCGAAUUGGGUGCUCGAUCAACGGCUAUAAGGACAUCAAGGAACACGCCUUCUUCUCGGAUUUCGAUUGGGAUAGAUUGGCAGGAAGAGACCUCUCCCCUCCUCUCCUUCCAAAGGGGGAGACCUACGCAGAAGAUGCGGAAGAGGGUGGAUUGGAGUUGGAGGAAGACGAGGGUCUUGAGCUUGAAGACGAGUAUGACUGGGACAAGGACUUUUAA